CAGAAAGAUGGGCAACAGGAACGUGUACUAAGAGCUUCUCACAGCAAAGUCACAUGGAACUACCAUUCUUUAAAAAAUGAUAUCAUACAUGUGAAGGGAUUUUUUUCUAAUGGUAACUCUGAGGCCUGGAGCUGACAAGAUGGGCUUAGAGAACCUCCUGCCUCCUCAACAGAUCUGGAUCAUUUUAAUAGGAUUUUCUCUGCUGUCUUUGGCAGAGACAUACGGAUUCAGUAAAUGUGCACAAUAUGAAUUGGACAUUCACCAUGUUUUCUGCAUUCGGAAGAAGAUCACCAACUUGACAGAUGCCAUUUAUGACAUCCCUGGAUACACUACUCACCUCAACCUGACACAAAACCAAAUUGAGGUCCUUCCUCCCCAUUGCUUCACUAAUUUGUCUGCUCUGGUGGACUUGCGACUGGAGUGGAAUUCCAUUUGGAAGAUUGAGGAGAGGGCCUUUUGGGGACUUGGAAAUCUGACCCUUUUGAAUUUAGUAGAAAAUAAGAUUCAAAGUGUGAACAACUCCUUUGAGGGCUUGUCCAACCUGGAAACUUUGCUCCUGAGCCAUAAUCAAAUUACUAAUAUUCACAAAAAUGCCUUUGUUACUCUUUUAAAAUUAAAACACUUAAGUUUAUCUAGAAAUUUUAUUACUAAUAUUUCCAAUAUUCUUGAAGCAGUUCAGCAUCUUCCUCACCUAGAAUACCUUGAUCUCACUAACAAUAGCAUCAUCUCUUUGGACCACAGUCCCAGGUUAUUGGCCUCACUGACCCAGCUGAGCCUGCAGGGGAACAAGCUAAUGGAAUUAAAUUUCUCUGCUUUGUCACUGCCUAAUCUGACCACUCUGGAUGUCUCUCAGAAUAGCCGUGGGGUCAUCCAGAAUGUUGCUCUGGAAACUUUACCCCAGCUGAGGAGCUUGAAUCUAAGUGGAACAUUGGUAAAACUGGAGAUGCUUCCAACCAAACACCUGCAGAAUCUAAGGGAAAUGGACCUUAGUGCCCGGGAGUUUAGAGGUGGUCAUUUAAACUUGAACAGUGUGUGUCACCUCCUCAGACACUUGCCCAGGUUACAGGUUUUGAUUUUUAGAAAAAAGGCUACUGAUGCAGGUGACAUAAAACACCUUGCCAACUGCACCAGGCUUUUGUUCCUUGACCUGAGCCAAAAUAAUAAUCUGGUUCACCUCAAUGACAGUGAGUUCAAUGCUAUGCCCAGCCUUCAAAGGCUGAAUCUAAAUAAGUGCAAACUUUCCUUUGUCAGCAACCGGACCUGGAGUGUCCUCCAGAACUUGACAGCUCUAGAUCUGUCAAACAACAAGUUUGAAAGAUUUCCAGAUUUUGCAUUUUCACCCUUGAGAUACCUACAAUCUCUUUUCCUCUCUAGAAAUCCCAUCACAGAACUCAAUGCUAUGGCCUUCUAUGGGCUGUAUUAUUUGAAGGAGCUCAACUUGGCUGGGUGUUGGAUAGUGAAAAUUGACAAAUAUGCCUUUGCUCAAUUUCCAAAUUUGGAGAGUUUAGACCUUGGUGACAACAAUAUUAGGAUUCUAAAACGCAGAACUUUUCAGUUUCUGAAGAAACUCCAAGUUCUGAUUCUCUCCCGGAACCGCCUGAAUAUUAUAGAGAAGUAUGCAUUUUCUGGCCUCACUUAUCUCUAUAAACUUGACCUGGCAUACAACAUCUUGUCAAGUUUUGGGACAGGUAUUUUCUUGGGCCUUGAAAAUCUAGAAGUUUUGAAUCUCAGUUUUAAUAAAAUUACAUAUGAAACCACUAGGACCUUGAUAUCUCCUCCAUUUAUGAACCUCAAGUCUUUGAAACAACUCAACCUAGAAGGACAAAUGCAUGGGAUUCAGGUUGUUCCAACCAACUUCUUCCAAGGACUGGAUGGCUUGCAGGAGCUACUACUAGGCAAAAAUUCCAUGGUAUUCUUGGACCAUCUCCAAUUUGACUCCCUUACUAAUCUCACAAAGUUGGAUAUCUCAGGAACAAAAUCUGGAGACCGAAGUCUCUAUUUAAAUAUUUCCUUAUUCCAAAAACUCAAAAGACUAAAAAUGCUGCGCCUGGAAAACAACAACAUUGAGUCACUGACUCCUGGCAUGUUCUCUGGCUUAGAAAGCCUUCAGAUCUUCUCUUUAAGAUUCAACAACCUAAAAGUCAUUAAUCAAAGUCAUCUGAAGAACCUGAAGUCGCUGAUGUUCUUUGAUAUCUAUGGGAAUAAACUUCAGUGCAAUUGUGACAAUGUGUGGCUCAAGAACUGGUCAAUAAACACAAAAAAUGUCCAUAUCCCUUACCUCCAGAGCUAUCACUGUCAGCAGCCAAAUACCCAGAAUUUGUUGAUAGAUUUUGAUGAUGCUAUGUGUAAUUUUGAUUUAGGAAAGGUUUACUUCCUCUGCUCCUUCACUCUCAUCCUCACAACCAUGGUUGUCUCUUGGUUCAGUGCCAAGAUAACAUCAUCUCUAAGGUAUGGGCUCUACAUAUUUAGAGCCUGGUUCCUGGCCAAGUGGCAUAGGACAGAGAAGGAAUUCAUCUAUGAUGCCUUUGUCUCUUUCACUGCCACUGAUGAACAGUGGGUAUAUGAAGAGCUUGUUCCAGCCCUAGAAGAAGGUGGGCAGCCCACCUUUAAGCUCUGUCUUCACCACCGGGACUUUGAACCAGGUAUAGAUAUCUUUGAGAACAUACAGAAUGCCAUCAACACCAGCCGAAAAACUUUGUGUGUGGUAAGUAACCACUACCUGCGCAGUGAAUGGUGCUGCCUUGAAGUACAGCUGGCCAGCAUCAAGAUGUUCUAUGAGCAUGAGGAUGUUAUUAUCUUGAUCUUCCUGGAAGAGAUCCCAAACUAUAAGUUAUCCACCUACCACCGACUGAGGAAACUUGUGAACAGGCAGACAUUUAUCACUUGGCCAGACAGUGUACAUGAGAGGCCACUCUUCUGGGCUCGUAUUAGAAAUGCAUUGGGCAACAAAUCUGUGGAGAACGACAAUGCACAGCUAAUUGUGACUGAAUGACCAGAAGUCUAUGUGACCUUAAAUAUAAUGUUGCCCAAGUUAUGUAUAGGCUGAGAGUGUGACUGAAUGUACCUGUUGUGCAGGGAAAAGGACAAGCUGCUCAUGACCAUCAGACCUAGGGUAAUUUGGUUAAUGUCCAUUGGGCAAUUGGAAGAAUGAAGGAGGGAGGGCUGCUUGAGGAAGCUUCAAGAACAGUGUCCCCACUCUAAGGGAAUGGAUAUCUGGCAAGUAUAUCUAUUUUAUUAAGGGGAAGACUUGGGAGACAAGUCGCCUGAAAGUAUGGGGAUCAGGAGAGCCCUCAUAUGUGCUUGAGAACAUUGUUAAACUAAUUUCUCCAAGUCAGUUUCUGUAAAGAUAGAUAGAAUUGGCUCUCUUGCACACACUCUACUCCAGGGAGCAAGGCCAUGCCAUUCCCUUUCUCCUUCCCUUCCUCCACAGGCAUAUAUCCCCCAACCACUAAGGGACCCCAGGAGACUUGCAAACAUGGCAGAUUGGCUGCUGCAGCUUGUUCUGGGAUAACCCUCUUAACCUGUCUCCAAGGCCCCCUUUUCUCUGACUUCCCAGUGAGCUAAAGAAGCCCAGCCAUUUUCUCUCUUGACUGGCGUGCUCCUCGUUUGGAAUGUAAGCAGCCUGGCCAUUUUGUCUCACACUCUCUCAGCUGGCACAUGCCUUUUUGGGAAUGUAUCUUCAAUAAACCCCAUUUUGCUUUACUUUUGUUUUUGUUGACCUUAAAAUAUUUUCUGCAUCAACUAAAAGAACUGAGGCCCUAGCCAGUAACCCCAGUCGGUAACAUCUUUGUGGCGCUGUGACUCGGAUUGCACAAACCAUAAGUCUUCUGGCCAUGAGGCUGGAGAAAGGGCUAUUUACUCUUCCUUCUUGUCCAGGAUUGGGAAGGCAAGGCAGUAGUUCUAGUUAAAGGGGUAUAAUUGCCUUCAAGCAGAAAACUAAAGCAACUAUGAGUGCCUGGGGAUGACUUGGCACUGACGAUACAAGGCACAUCUUCCCUCCAGAGUGCAAGCAGACACUCUCAGGUGACUGAGGAUCAUUGUAGAGGUGUCUGAG